ACUCUUUCUCGUCCUCCUUUUAUCCUCUUCCGCGCUUCUCUCUCUCGAAUCGUGAUUCGCUCUCGACGGCCUCGACAUCUCUUCGCAUCCUGUGCGUUUAGUUUCGAUAUUAUUGUUAACGCCCUCUGAAGCGUGGCCUUUUUCUCAACCCAACAUUAACCCCUCUUCUUAGCCCGACGGCGACGGUGCCCCCCUUCCUCUCUCGAUCCGAUUCCCGCGUAGAUCCCCUCUCCCCGCCGCCGAUCGCUCUCUCGCGCUAGAUUCCCCGUGUUUCGAUCCACAACAUGGUGUCUGCCAAUCGGGAAAUGGCGGUCUAUUGCUUCGACACUCUCGUCGCCCACUAUAACAGCGAGCAGGCGCCGCCCCCGGGUUUCGAGGAAGGCCAGCACCCAUUGUUUGUUACAUGGAAGAAAGCAAUCAAUGGAGCAGAGCCUCGUCUCCGUGGAUGUAUUGGAACUCUAGAAGCCCGCUGCAUAAUCAAUGGUUUCAGGGAUUAUGCAUUAACAAGUGCUUUGAGGGACCGCCGCUUUCCUCCAAUACAGGCUAAAGAACUGCCAUUUUUGGAAUGUACAGUAUCUAUAUUAACUGAUUAUGAACCUGCUCUUGACUACCUUGAUUGGGAGGUUGGGAAACAUGGUUUGAUCAUUGAAUUUACUGACCCUGAUUACAACACUAGGCGUAGUGCAACAUACUUGCCUGAGGUUGCUGCCCAUGAAGGUUGGACUAAGCUAGAAACCAUCGAUUCACUGAUGAGGAAAGCAGGAUAUAAUGGUGCCAUAAGCGAGUCGCUUCGAAAUCGACUUCACAUUACCCGCUACCAGUCCACCCUCUACACCAUGCACUACAGAGACUAUGCUUCUUACGUCAAGAUGACUAGAGGUGAUUCCCUUCUAAUUAAUGGAGCUAAAGCCAUCCAUUGAUUCACCAGAUACCUCAUUGUCGGAUCUCUGAACUGUGGAGUACAUUUAAACUUGAUUUAAGGCAGUUGGGUCGAACUUCCCUCCUGCUUGUUUGUAAGGCAUUCGAAGCCUACCCCAUUUACUUCACAUUACAAACACUAUCCAUGGUUUACGUUGUUUCUCCUCCUGACUUUAUACUAUUCACUUAUUACCAUGCA